UUGAUAUUUGUAUUGAGCCAAUCACAUCCUAGGGGCGGGGCCAGACGUGAGUUGGUUCUCUUCUUGUUCGGGUUCGGUGUUAGAAUCGGAAAUUUAAAGUUCUGUGAACAUGUCUAACAAGUCGGAGGCUAGCAGCGGAGGAAGUGCUGCAAAUGACAGUAAGACAACCACUGACAGCAAAGUUUGCACAGAGAACUUAACAGAGACGGAUGCCUUCAUCACAAACUCUUUAAACCUGGAUCCCGCAGAGGAGUACAAUAUGGGCCACAAACAACGAGGGCUCGCUCUUAUCUUUAAUCAGGACUACUUCUACUGGCUUCUGGGGUUAGGUGCCAGAAGUGGAUCAGAAGCUGAUCGCAACAACUUGGCGAGAAGACUGAAGCAGCUAAACUUCGAAGUGAGGUGUUACGACAACCUCAAACAGGUGGAGAUCCUGGAAAAAAUCCAUGAAGCUGCUGAGGAGGACCAUUCGGACGCCGACUGCUUUCUGCUCACCUUCAUGAGCCACGGCGAGGACGAUCACGUUUUCGCCCACGAUGGAAAGAUUAACAUCCAGGAGAUCACAGCCAUGUUUAAAGGAGACAAGUGCAAGACACUUGUAGGGAAACCAAAGAUCUUCAUAAUGCAGGCAUGUCGCGGGGACAAACACGAUGUGCCGGUAACUCAGUGCGAUGUUGUGGACAAUAAGGUAAAUGAGGUGGUGGUCGACGCCAGCUCCAUCCACACACUCCCUGCUGGUGCUGAUUUUGUCAUGUGCUACUCUGUGGCUCAGGGUUACUUUUCCCACAGGGAGACUGUCAAUGGCUCCUGGUACAUCCAGGAUCUGUGUGAGCUGCUUUGGAGGUUCGGCAAUACCCUUGAAUUUACAGAGUUACUCACCCUGGUCAACAGGAAAGUGUCUAUGAGGUCUGUCGGGAACGCCAGAGACCCUAAUGCUAUUGGGAAGAAGCAAGUGCCCUGCUUUGCUUCGAUGCUCACUAAGAAACUCUAUUUUAGAACAAAUAAGUAACGCCCUAGGGCUGCAGGUUAAAGGUGUGGUUAACUGAAAAAACACUUUUUAAUUAUUAUUUCUGAUUAUAAUUGGUUACUUAGAAAUUUUCAUGCAGGCUGAACAUGAAAUGUCUUCCUGCGUUAGCUUCUGACAGAAAAUAUACAGUGAAAUGCUAGGAUUUGAAAAUCCUCACGUACCUAUGUCACACUGUGAAUUUGCAUUCAUGGCCUCGCCCCUCUUGGCUCGUGCCCGCCCACAGGAAGGAUUUAAAAAAAUGCAGCUAGAGCGGAGAGCAUUGCCUAAUCCCAAUACUCGCACUUUGCACCCUUCAUUUGUGCGUUCCCGGCCAGGGGUGCGAGUGCGUAGGGUGUCCCGAUUCUCAAGUGCGGAACGUGGCCACGCCCUCAUUGCACCCUUAAUCUGCACUUCACCCAAGUCCGCAGCGAUGCGGACCUCGGGCAAGGGUAUUACCCACAAGUCAUUGCUGCAGGAGAAAAGGCUCAAGUUCUUUUUCUGAAAUUAGUUACAUUUAUGACGAUUAUUUGAUGCUCUAAAACUUUUAGACAAAGCAGCAAUAAAUGUAAAUUUGUUUCAAAUAACUGCUGCUUGUUUAAAAGUUGUUAAUAAAGGUUUUUAAAAAAAGUAUCACAGCGACCAGCAUCCCGGCAUGCGUUGCGAUCGAUGACGCAAUGCUCACGGUUUCAAUUCUUCAAUUAUUUGCACACUUGUGUAUGACACACUCACCCUACUGCGCACUUUCUCCAAGUGCACUUUGCUGAAGUCCACAGGGCGCAGUGUGAGUAUUGAGAUUGGGCCCAUCUUGGUGAUAUUGACUUUGCAACAUGGCUGUACGCGUUCUCUUAGCCAAUCAGAAGCAAAGUGUGUGCAUAUCAUUAAUGAGUAAUCCUGCUGUUUUCAGCCCACCUCUGCACCAGCAAACUUCUGCAUCUUAGAAUAUCUUAGAAUAGGAGCAUUAUAGCUUUUUUUAAAAUGACUCAUAAGUCACUGAUUUACACUAGAGAACACUGCAGAUUUAUUGAGUCGAGUAAACCACACCUUUAAAACUAGCUUUAAGAGGGGAACACUAUCAGGGGAAAGGAAAAGUAUCAUGUAGUUUACAACCUUAAUGCUUCAAGUAAAAUAACGUGCUACAAGUUCAGAAACCACAGUUUGUCGCUUUAAAAGCAUAUUACAUUGUGUUGGUGGGUGGUUUUUUUUUUUUUUUUUGCACUUUUACUCCAGUGUCAUAUUCAAAACUUCUUUGACUACAUUUUCCCACCGGUAAAAGGUUUUUAACUAUAGGCUGGAACUUCCAGGGAUAUCUGUCUUUUAUGUCUUAGAGCUGCAGUUUUGUUCCAUCAGAUCAUCAUUCUUAUUUUUAAAAAGGGAAUUGCCGUUUGUGCCGUACGUCUAGCUGUUGUUCGUGGUACGAUAUUGAAUAAAACAGCACUCUUAAAUCACAAUCUCAGGAAACCUAAUUAAUUGCCCUUUGGGACCAAUAAAGUUUUCUGAAUCCAACACAGGAGUGCAUUUUCUUGUAGCUGUAGGGUGGACUUUAGUGACUUCCUGCUGUCGUAUCAUCUUUAUCAAAAUGAAACCUACCAGAAUAACCGCUGAUGCGUUAAUUUUUUUGUUUUUUGUGAUCAAAUCACUGAGAUUUUGUACAACUGUAGCUUUUUAGCUGCUGGUUUGGUUUAAUACUCUGAAAUAAAAAAAUAAUCUGGGCAAAAA